AUGCCCCGAGGGUUCCUGGUGAAGAGGAACCGGAGAACCAACCCGGUAUCGUACCGGGUUCGGUCUGACGAGGUGGACGCGGAGCCGGCGGCUGCUCACGCGCCUCCAUCGCUGCCUCCGUCCUCCUCCUCCUGCGCGUCGGUCUUCUCCGUCCCGGUGCGCGCACGGACGCCGACGCCCACCUGCGGGGCGGCGGCCACAGCCCCGGAGCAUGGCGCCAGACCGGUUCAGUUCGGGAAUCCGGAGGCGGUGUACCAGCCGCUGUACAGCCCCACCCGCCCGGUCAGCCAGGAGCACGAGCGCUCCUACUUCCAGAGUCGCUUCCACCUCGGAUCUCCGGUGUCCGCGGAGUCGUUCCCCACCCCGGCCAUGGAUCACCUCUUCGCCCCGGUGGACCUGAAGAUCGCCUCCAGCAACAGCAGCCGAACCGGCACCAGCAGCUCCAACACCGGGACCACCGUCUCCUCCACCCGGACCCACCCCACCGCCUCCUCCACCCGGACGCACCCCGCCGCCGGGACCAAGCGACCGUCCAGCGACACCGAGCGCAAAAGCAAACCUGCGUCAAAGAAAACCAAAGCCUUCCGGAAACUGCACUUUGAGGAUGAUGUCACCACGUCUCCGGUUCUCGGGCUGAAGAUCAGAGAGGCUCCGGUGGACCAGAAGCCUCUCAGACCCCCGCCCGCCGGAGGAGACCACCCCCCGCUGGGGGAGUUCGUGUGCCAGCUGUGCCGGGAGGCGUACGCGGACCCGUUCGCUCUGGCGCAGCACAAGUGCUCCAGGAUCAUCCGGGUCGAGUACCGGUGUCCGGAGUGCGACAAGGUGUUCAGCUGCCCGGCCAACCUGGCCUCGCACCGGCGCUGGCACAAACCGAAACAGCAGAGCCCAGCGGAGGGCGACAAGGUCCCCGCGUCCGGUAAACCAGCACCGGAGGAGGCGAAGGACUCGAGUGACAGGGACACCCCCAGCCCCGGGCCGUCCGAGUCCGGCUCCGAGGAGGGACUGUACGACUGCCUCCACUGUGGGAAGAAGUUCAAACGUCAGGCGUACCUGCGGAAACACGUGGCGUCGCAGCACGGAGCCAAGCCGGCGGAGGAGGAGGGGGACGCGGCCUGCGAGCCGAGCGCAGCGCCGCUGAACCUCAGCUCCUCCAGCGGCCACAUGUGUCCGGUGUGCGGGGAGAGCUUCAGCAGCCGCGGCGCGCAGGAGCGACACAUCCGCCUGCUGCACUCCUCACACGUGUACUCCUGCAAAUACUGCCCCGCCAUCUUCUACAGCUCCCCGGGACUCACCAGGCACAUCAACAAGUGCCACCCGUCCGAGAACCGGCAGGUGAUCCUGCUGCAGGUGCCGCUGCGCCCGGCCUGCUGA